AUGAGAACACAGUCUAGGACACUCAAUUCUACAAGUUAUGAUUCAAUAUGGUCGGUGGAUGGGAGUGAAAGCGAAAAAGUUAAAUUGGCAGAUUACAAAUUCAGUUCCCAUUGGAUUCUUCGUUUCUUAGGUUCAUGUAAUGGUCUAGUUUGCAUAUGGGGUCGGAGUACUGAGCAUGAGAUCUCCAUUUGUUUUUGUAACCCAGCAACUAAAGAAUACAAGAGAAUAGUAUCCGAAUCAGUACCUAGUUAUGACUCCAUCCAUAUUAAUGCUUUUGGUUACGAUUGCAAGGCUGGUGAUUACAAGUUAAUAUUCCUAGAUGAGCAUGUUGAAUUCACCGAGUUACUCGUGUAUACGUUAGGAUCAAAUACAUGGAAAAGUAGUCAAUCCGUGCCUUAUACAUUUAAUAAAGAGAGACAAACUGGUGUUCUUGUUAAUGGAGCCUUUCACUGGUUAGGCCAAGCUCGUAACAAGAAUUCAUCCAAGUUAAUAGUGGUUUUUGAUUUCUGCACCGAGAAAUUCGAUGAACUGCAACUUCCAGAAGAACUCUUAGAGAAGAGGCAUUUACCAAUGACCGUUGGAGUUCUGGAAGGACGCCUUUGUGUAGUUGUUACCGUUUCUGAGGUUUCUUUUCAAGUUUGGGUUAUGCAAGAUUAUGCAGUUCAAGAAUCUUGGGCUCCACUUUAUACAUUUGAUCACAGUGAAGAUUAUAUGUCUGACUAUGAUGCUGACUAUGAUGCUUUGAAGCUCAUGCCAUCUUUCAGGAACGGUCAUAUUCUAGUAAAGAUGGCGUUAGAACCCCUGCACAAAAUUCAUGGAGUCCCAAAUGACUGA